GAGCCCCCGCGCCCGCCGGGUUCGCGCGAGACAGGAGGGAGGAGAAACUUUGCCUUUUAUUGUUGUGUUUAGUCCUUAAGUGCAAGGAACUCUGUUGGGAGAAAGAAUGUCCUUCUUCAAUUUCCGUAAGAUCUUCAAGUUGGGGAGCGAGAGGAAGAAAAAGCAGUACGAACAUGUGAAGAGGGACCUGAACCCCGAGGAGUUUUGGGAAAUUAUAGGCGAGUUGGGCGACGGAGCCUUUGGGAAAGUGUACAAGGCUCAGAAUAAAGAGACCAAUGUUUUAGCUGCUGCAAAGGUGAUUGACACCAAAUCUGAAGAAGAACUUGAAGAUUACAUGGUUGAGAUUGAUAUAUUAGCAUCUUGUGAUCACCCAAAUAUAGUCAAGCUCCUAGAUGCCUUCUAUUAUGAGAACAAUCUUUGGAUCCUCAUUGAAUUUUGUGCAGGUGGAGCAGUGGAUGCUGUGAUGCUUGAACUUGAGAGACCAUUAACUGAGGCACAAAUACAAGUAGUUUGCAAACAGACUUUAGAGGCAUUAAACUACUUACAUGAUAAUAAAAUCAUCCACAGAGAUCUAAAGGCGGGCAACAUUCUUCUUACCUUAGAUGGAGAUAUUAAAUUGGCGGAUUUUGGAGUAUCAGCUAAAAACACAAGGACAAUUCAAAGAAGAGAUUCCUUUAUUGGUACACCAUAUUGGAUGGCUCCUGAAGUAGUCAUGUGUGAAACAUCUAAAGACAGACCUUAUGACUACAAAGCUGACGUUUGGUCCCUGGGUAUCACUUUAAUAGAAAUGGCUGAGAUAGAACCACCUCAUCAUGAAUUAAAUCCAAUGCGAGUGCUGCUAAAAAUAGCAAAAUCUGAGCCCCCUGCAUUAGCACAGCCAUCAAGAUGGUCUUCGAAUUUUAAGGACUUUCUAAAGAAAUGCUUAGAAAAGAAUGUGGAUGCCAGGUGGAAUACAUCUCAGCUGUUGCAGCAUCCCUUUGUUACUGUCGAUUCUAACAAACCAAUCCGAGAACUGAUUGCAGAGGCAAAGGCUGAAGUAACAGAAGAAGUUGAAGAUGGCAAAGAAGAAGAUGAUGAUGAGGAAACAGAAAAUUCUCUGCCAAUACCUGCAAGUAAGCGUGCUUCAUCUGACCUUAGUAUUGCCAGCUCUGAAGAAGAUAAACUUUCACAAAAUGCUUGUAUUUUGGAAUCUGUCUCAGAAAAAACAGAACGUGAUACUGCUGAAGAUAAAUUUAGCAGCAAACUUCUUGAUGAAAAACCCACCACUGAUGAACCUGAAAAAGCAGUGGAGGGUAUUAAUGAACAUACUAAUGAUGCUCAUUCAGAAGCUACAAUUGAACUCCAAAAUAGAACAACAUUAAUCGAAGAGAAUUGGAGAGAGGAAAAGAGACGUAAGCUUGAAAAUCUACCUGACACAGAAGACCAAGAAACUAUGGAUAUCAAUUCAGUCAGUGAAGGAAAAGAGAAUAAUAUAGUAAUAACUUUAGAAACAAAUACUGAACAUAAUCUGAAACCUGAGGAAGAAAGGGAUCAGGAAAAGCAACCGAUAUUUGAAAAUAAGCUUAUAGAAUCUGAAGAAAUUAAAGAUACUAUUAUUCAAACAGUGGAUUUAGUUUCUCAAGAGACUGGAGAAAAAGAGGCAGAUAUUCAGGCAGUUGACAAUGAAGCUAAGCUUACAAAGGAAGACACCCAAGAGAAACUGGGAAAAGAUGACCAAACUCAAAAAGAUGUGAUCAGCGAUAUAGGCAGUGUGGUAGGAACAAAUGAGGCGGUAGACGUUGAUCAGAGGACAGUUGAAAACAAAGCUGAGGAUGCUCAGAGAAAUGAUGGGAAAGAAGUGGUUGAAGUAAACCAGGAAUUAAUAAGUCAGCCCAAACUGGGUCCUGAGACUGGUGGUACUGAGGAAGUUCCUAUUAAAGAAGUCGUUGAAACUAAUGAGACAGAUCAAAAAUCUUUAGAAAGUAAAAGUAAGGAACAAUUAGUCAACAGUUCAGGGAACAUAUUGGAGACCAAUGAGGAACCAGGGGCAAAUGAAGAUGAAUCAAAUAGCACUGAAGAAAUUGAGGUCAGAAGUGCAGUGAUUCAUACUGAUCAGAAGACUUUAGGAAGUGAAACUGGGGAUGCUUAUAAAGCCACAACUCAGAUAGAUACAAAGCAAAAAGAAAUUCCAUGUAAAGUGCCAGUUAAAACAGAACCUGAAGUUACUGCAGCUUCACAGCCCAAUGAACCUCAGCCUUUUCCAAUACCCAGUAUUAAUAUCAACUCUGAAAAUGCAGAAAAUAAAGGAGUAAUAGAUGCUUUAUCUGCUUUAUCAAUUACUAAUCCCACGUUGCUACCAGAGUUUGAGAAUCAAAAGGAAAAUGAUACUGAUUCAGGCACUGGUUCCACUGCUGAUAAUAGCAGCAUUGACUUGAAUUUAUCCAUCUCUAGUUUCCUAAGUAAAACUAAAGACAGUGGAUCAAUAUCUUUACAAGAAACAAGAAGACAGAAGAAAACAUUGAAGAAGACACGCAAAUUUGUUGUUGAUGGUGUAGAAGUGAGUGUAACAACAUCAAAGAUAGUUACAGAUAGUGAUUCCAAAACUGAAGAAUUGAGAUUUCUUAGACGUCAGGAACUUCGGGAAUUAAGGUUUCUUCAAAAAGAAGAGCAAAGAGCACAACAACAGCUUAAUAGUAAACUGCAGCAACAACGAGAACAAAUUUUCCGGCGCUUUGAGCAAGAAAUGAUGAGUAAAAAGCGACAAUAUGACCAAGAGAUUGAGAAUCUAGAAAAACAGCAGAAACAGACGAUUGAACGUCUAGAACAAGAACACACAAAUCGUUUGCGAGAUGAAGCCAAGCGUAUUAAAGGAGAGCAAGAGAAAGAGCUGUCCAAAUUUCAGAAUAUGCUAAAGAACCGAAAGAAGGAGGUUAUAAAUGAAGUGGAGAAAGCACCCAAAGAGCUGAGAAAAGAGCUCAUGAAACGCAGGAAAGAGGAGCUUGCACAAAGCCAGCAUGUUCAGGAACAAGAGUUUGUUCAGAAGCAACAACAAGAAUUAGAUGGCUCUUUGAAAAAGAUCAUCCAACAACAGAAGGCAGAGUUAGCCAAUAUUGAAAGAGAGUGCCUGAAUAACAAACAACAGCUCAUGAGAGCUCGAGAAGCUGCAAUUUGGGAGCUUGAAGAAAGACACUUACAAGAAAAACACCAGAUGCUGAAACAGCAACUUAAAGAUCAGUAUUUCAUGCAAAGACAUCAGCUACUUAAGCGCCACGAGAAGGAGACAGAACAAAUGCAGCGCUACAAUCAACGACUUAUUGAGGAAUUGAAAAACAGACAGACUCAAGAAAGAGCAAGGCUGCCCAAGAUUCAGCGCAGUGAAGCCAAGACUCGAAUGGCCAUGUUUAAGAAAAGCUUGAGAAUUAACUCAACAGCCACACCAGAUCAGGACCGUGAAAAAAUUAAACAGUUUUCGACUCAGGAAGAAAAGAGGCAGAAAAAUGAGAGAAUGGCUCAGCAUCAGAAACAUGAAAAUCAGAUGCGGGAUCUUCAGUUGCAGUGUGAAGCCAAUGUCCGAGAACUGCAUCAGCUGCAGAAUGAAAAAUGUCACCUAUUAGUUGAGCAUGAGACUCAGAAACUGAAGGAGUUAGAUGAGGAGCACAGCCAAGAAUUAAAGGAGUGGAGAGAGAAAUUGAGACCUAGGAAAAAGACACUGGAAGAAGAGUUUGCCAGGAAACUGCAGGAACAGGAAGUGUUCUUUAAAAUGACCGGGGAGUCCGAAUGCCUUAACCCUUCAGCACAGAGCCGGAUUUCCAAAUUCUAUCCUAUUCCUAGCUUGCAUUCCACGGGGUCGUAACAGUGGGAGCAGUCUUUGAUUGGGUUUGGCUCUUUUAAAUAUGUCAUUCUAUUCUCUUCAUCUUCUGCCACAGUCUGUGUCACAUAGUUCACGGAGACAAUCACCUGCCUCACCUUCUAGGUGUUUUUUCAUUUGUUUGUUUUAAAGCAAAGAUGAAGGGGAAAGGAACUAAGACAGAUGCUGGGCCAUGUUGGCAAAGUGGCAUCUUGCAGUAAUUCCCUAAGGUGAUUUUCUAUGUUAAUCUAAAAAUUUUUGUUCUUUAGACACUGUUACUUGAGAAACUGUUAGAGAAAUGUUUAAAGUUAUUAAAAAAACAAAAACAAAAAAACAACUGUUAUAUCACUUAGUAUCAAUAAAUAUCUUUUUAUCUGAUCUAAUGUCUCGAUGAUGCCUAAAUUCUGUAGCUGAAACUCUGCUGUCAAGAGUUGGAAUAAUUUUCUUUUGGUGAAUCAGCUCUCAUGAGAAAGUUGUGAGUUGCUCAAAAUAUGCUAUUGACUCAGUAAAUAUAUUUUAUCUCUAAACAUAGGCGCAAACUCUUUUAAAAUAGAAAAUUUAUUUCAUUAAUUUGUCUGAAAUAAUAACCUGUUUAGGCAUGAGCUAAUAAUUAAGGGUGCUAGUUUUGUUAAUAUAGUGCCUAAAACACUCAAUUUCAAUCAAGUUUAAAGUAGGAUUUUCUUUUCUGAUUCAACAGGAACAAAAUACCCUUAUCAUCAGACAUAACUGUUUUUUAAAAUUGUGCUCUUACUACAUUUGAUAGAAAUUUUCAUCCUACAAUAUAUGUUGUACAAAGUUUGGAAAUAUGAACAAGAGCAAAAAAGGGGCAACUUUUAGAUGUCCAAGUAGGAAAUGUAAAACUCAACAAAUUAAAAGUGAUGUAGAUUUAGCUGUCCCAGUUUAUUUCCUAAAAUUAUACAUGAGCUGGUUAAAUGACUUCUCCCAUCUUAGCCAAUACUGUUUAGAACUUUUUCAGAGGCCUGGAGGCUCUGAGUUUAUAUUUAUAAAUGUAUGUUCUGAAAUUAAUCUUAAAAGAAGCAGUUAUUGAGAAUACUUUUUAAAGAAGUAUUUAAAUAUUUAGACAGAUGUUAGAAAUGUCUUUUUUUUGUUGUUUUGAAAUGAGGUUACCUAUAUUUUGGUUUUAUUUUGUUCCAAGUUUAAAUUAUUUACUUUGAGUGGGAAAAGUCUGAAACCUUUAUCAUGGGGUUGCUGAUAUGUGUAAUUAUUGAUGAAAUGUUCACUCUUUGUCUCUCUAGAGGCUUAGAAUCUCAACCAUGUGUCAGGUCAAACAGUAUUAACACCAACUGUACUUAGGUGUGUGAGGCAGGACAUUUGUAAAUGAUGCUCGCUGCCUGUCCUUGGCUACCUGUUCUCCUUUGAGAAUGCUAGGUACCAAAUUGUAAACGUUUCAGUUUUUAGUUAUAUAUUACAUUUUAGGCUGAUGAAAAAUUUAAAUGUAACUUUGUGGGAACACUGAUUUGUAUUAAAAUGUAAAUGUCUAUAGCACUUUCUUGCAGUUAAUUCUAAAACUUUGAAUGCUAAAGCUUAUUUUGUCAGUGGUUUAGAUGAUUUGAAAAUGCAUGUGUGAUUUUAAUUUUGUAAUUGUUUUUGAUAAGCAUAAUUUACUUGGACAACUUUGUAGCUAGCCUUAAUUUCUGGCCAAGUUUGUUCUUCAUAUAUACAUAAACAUAUAUACAUACAUACAAACAUAUAUACACACACAUAUAUGUAUAUAUAUAUAAUGUGUGGUUGUAAAUUCAUACACUUAUCACAUGGAUGUGUUACUGUAUACGAAACUCUUAAUGCUUUAUUCUCUAAUGCUGGGUUGAAAAAAUGUUUUUUGAAAGCCUUUUAAAAUAUAUAUCUUUAUAAACUAAUAUUCAGGAUGAUGAUGGAAAUUGUUUAUAUUGUUAUGAUAAAAAUGAUGGUAUAAUGUUGCCCAGUGUAUUUAAUGAUUUAUUUGAUUAGGGAGAGGGGAGGAAGAUUCUUAUACCACUUUCUCCUUUGAAAAUUUCAGUUAUUGGUUUUUUAAAAAUUAGUAUUUUGGGCAAUAGACAUUUUUUCAGGAUCGUUUAGGUGAUAUCCUGUGUGCUGAAUAGUUUGUGGCAAAUUAAUUUGGUUUGAAUAUUUAAUUCUAUUCUUUUCAACUUGACAUUCAGAUUAGAAUAAAGUAGAAAGGCUCAGAGUGGCAUGGUUGACACUCUGGGUAAGUUUGUUAAUAACUCUUGCAUCACCCUUAAAACUCCCCUUUGGAUUCAGUGUUCACACACGAGUUCUCUUCCCAGUAGGGCGUAUUCAUGUGGGUGGGGGGCUGUAAAAUGAUGCACACGUAGAGGUGAGACACUCACUUUAAUAUUUAAAGUUAUGGAAAUAUUUUCAAAAAAUGUUUUGUUAUAGAAUAUGCUGUUUGUCCCCGUACCUGCCCACCUCUUGCUCUGCCCUCUCUUCAAGCAGAUAACAGCGAUCUUUCUUGAAUAAGUGUAGCUGGGAGUGGGGGAGAGCCCCAGACUUCUUUAAAAUCUAAGAGUGCAGAUAAAUUAAUUCCUGGCUUGGUUGUGGCAGCAUGUGCUCUGAAAUUUCUAAAAGAAAUUCUCCAUAUGUGCACCCUAAUUACGGUGUCUCUUCUCCCCCCGAGUGCUGUGAAUACACCAGACCUCCACACUUACACAGGUCUAGCUCCUAGAGCUCCUUGCACCAGCUUGCCUUUCCUACUCCUGUCAAUCCAGAGUUGGGUGUGAAUUGCCGAAUUAGCUGCUAUUCUCAUAUAGAGCCACAAUUAAGCUUCUUCUUACCCUUUUCUGUGGGGAAGCUAUAGGAUGCGUAAGGAGGAAAUUUAGAGUGCUUACCUUUGCUGAAAAUACUAGGACCUUCCUGUGACAGGAUAAAACAAAUUGUAAUUAAGUAUAAACCAGAACCAGAGCUACCUCUAAGUAGUGUUUCCUCAAGCACAAAGCUCUCAGGCAUAUGAGACCCACUUUAGUGGAGGGUCUCUGAUUUCUUGAGUAUCAGCGAAUUUCAGAAGUUACUGUCUUUUGUACUCUUCUAGUUUCCUUGUAACUACAUACUUUUUCCCCCAUUCCACACUGUGCUUAAAUGACAAAGACUCUUCUGAGAAGCCAAAUUCUGUCCAAUUAUUACCUAGAGAUCUUGUUGAUUAAAGAAAAACCUAGAACUGAGGUGGGAGAAGAGACUUAGUUCUGGUUCUAAUUGCCUUUUUUUCUGGAAAAUGAUCUCUGAAAUGAAAUGGGAUGAUAUUUUAAAUGCUUAAGUUGAAGGCACAGCAGUAAUGCCUGUAUUGUUGCUCUUCUGUGGCUGACAUGUUUUUGAUAUAGCUUUAAAAUUUCUGCUGCUAAGCUUGAGGUAGAGUAUUAUACCAGUUUUAAAUAUUGGCUGCAGCUUUUUGUGAUCCUACUCUGAUUUGCAGUGUAAUAACUUCACAAGCUAAAUUUUCAGAAAGAAUUUUGUUUCAUAUUAUGCCUCUUGUCUGUUUGGGAGCAAACAUGUCUUUUCAAUCAUGGGACUGACAAACGACAAAUAAAAGUUAUUUCUUAAUCUA